AAGUGUCGUCAUCAGCGGGCGCCGCAGUCAAAAAUGGCAGCUUGUUUGUGUUUAUAACAUGUUCCCGUUGACGCGUUAGAGGUUUAGAUAAAGUAUUACAGCAUGUCUGACGAGGAGAAGAGUGAAGGGAGGAACUUCUUCAUGACCUACAGCGACAGCAGUGAGAGCAGCAGCAGCAGCAGCGAGUCGGAGGACGGAGGGCAGAGACCACCGCGGAAGAAGAAGAAGGAGCUCGAUGCGGGGACAGCGGGAGCCUCCGGCGGGGAGCAGAGAGCCGGGAGCGGGGGAGCCCCGUUACCCAGACCGGACGAGCUGUUCCGCUCGGUGUCCCGGCCCGCCUUCCUCUACAACCCGCUGAACAAACAGAUCGACUGGGAGAGCCGCAUCGUUAAAGCUCCUGAGGAGCCUCCAAAGGUGUUCAAGGUGUGGAAGAGCAACGCCGUGCCCCCUCCCCAGAGUUACGAGGUGAAGGAGAAGAAGGGUCCGCCUCCCGGCAUGGACAUGGCCAUAAAGUGGUCCAGCGUGUACGAGGACAACGGGGACGACGCUCCACACCGACAAUCAGAUCAGGCUCGCUUCCUACCUGACAACGAGCUCGCUCAAUCUGAUGAUGAUGAUGAUGAGGAUGAUAACAGUGGCGAGGAUAAGGGAGAGAAGAAGUCCCUGUCGUCUAAGAAGCGGCGAGUGGAGACGUUCCAGCAGAAGGAAAAGAGGAAGCGAGACCUGGGACAAGCCACGUCCGAUAAGAACUUUGUGGAGGAGGAAAAGAGGAUCUUGCGGCAGUGUGCUGAGUGAAGGACGUGGCGUGAUGAUGCUCAGAGACGAAUUGGAGGAAAGACUGCUCGCUCUGAGAGAGCCGAGAUCUCACCGAGGGGUUUUAUGGGUGUUUUAUGUUGUCUCGUGCUAUUUAGGUUCAUGUGCCUGUAGUCAGUGUAUCAGAUAAGAUGUAGUGAUUAAAUCACUAAUCCUCUUCUGUUCUUUGUAAAGUUCUGUUAUAGAAAAAUAGUAAUACUGCAAUGAACUGAGUUACUUUAACCAACCAGAGGGUGAUCAAUUUUCUCUUACAGUAUAAAACAAAUUGGAUUAUUUCUCUUUUACCAUAGCAUUUUUUUUUAAUAUGUUGUUUAUUAUGAAUGAUUUCAGUCAUUUUGUUAAAGAUUAAGUUGAAUCA